CAAAUGUGAAACCUCCUCGUUCACGGUAUCGUGAAAUCCGGGUUCGUUUGUGUUAGUAGGACGUGCUGAAGUAUCAUUAAAUGUCGCGUUUUUUUUCAUCGAGUUGCUUUAGUUGACGGUGGUGACGAGUUUUCACUGCGAUGGCUAAAUGUUGUUUGUCCCGCUCUUGGAGCGGUUGCUAAGGAAAUCAAAUGGUUGAAGGGAAACCCACCGUAUCCAAUGGUCGGUGUGUGUGUGUGUAGUGUGCGUUGGUAGCGUAGUUUGAACAGCAGUGUGUUGAAUGUCAAGCAAAUGGUGGCAGCAGGCCGUGCAGUUGUAUCUUAUCGCUCCCGACACGUGGACAGCGCGUCCCGUGCACUCAAUCGGCCCAAGGAACGAAACACGCACCAAACUCCAAUGAAUUUCCGCCCCGAAAUGCGACAAGCUGACCCAACGCCGGGUGUUCGCUGUACGUUUCGCUGGUGAUAAGAUUAUCGCGCGAUAAGAUUAACAACGAUCGUGGUUUGGCGUAGGAAUUCCCGCUCGGUGCGUAAUGAGUAUCGAAGACUUUCGCAAAGGGCCGAUAUUUGACGCUUUUUUAGGUGUGAUAAAACGCUGUCCACGUAGCUCUCGAACGGUGAUGGACGUUAUCGUAUAUGGUGUUUCAUUCUAUACCAGGUUUCUCAUGCACUGGUGCGUUUGCAGGGUGAGCAACACUAGUUCUUCAUUCGGUUGAUUUUCACGGUCACUGGCACAUCAGCGCCAUCGUACGCGUACGGCAAGGGGACCCCACUACACGUGAUUCUGGACAUAAAAAUAGAAGCUUCCCGGUUUUGCGCAACUAAGAAACACGCCAACGCAUCGAUAUCCGACUGUGGGUGUGUGUGUGUGUGAAUGAGUAGUGUGGCAUUUGUAUAAGUGAAGCGUUUUUCAUUGGCUUCUUCUGUGUAACCAAUCAAUUCGGAAAAGUUGACGCCACCCCGCCCACCCAAAAUAUAGGGGAACCGCGUGAAAGUGUUUCCUGUGUACGUGACCAGCCCGAUCGAUAAUAAUAGCACGCGAGUAGUGUUGAAUGAAACCUCGCAUACAUACAUGCACAGGUUGUCUUUCAGUGUGAGGCGCCGGCCGCUUGCAUAAUAUCCGAACCAUCCCCCUGACGAGGAGAGAGGGGCUCGUUUUGAAAGACGAUAAGACCGAUGGUGUGAUGUAGUACGUGAAGUUGUGAACAAGAGCGCCCCCCCCCCCCCCCCCUUCAUGCAGUGUGUAAGUGUGUGAGAACGUAAACAAAACGGAAUGACGUUACCCUUUUUCCGCAAAACGUGGUCGAAACGACCCGGCACACAGGAAAACAGAUUCAAAUCGGUGACGUGCAUAGUUUAACGGUAACGGAUUCAAGUUGCUUCAAUGCCGUGCCCUGCUAGAUAAUGGCUGCUGCCGGGACAUGCUCCGAUCGCAUAACGGCACCGUCGCUUCAUUUGCGCUCUGGUCGUCGUCGUUGCGGUUAACGGCGGAGGACCAUCUGCUGCUGCUUCCUUCGCAUCCCAACUCCUAUCGCUUUUUGCGUGUCGAGAAACGGCGACGUGACGGAAACGAUCGAAAUCGGAACUGAUUGUGGUGAUAAUGUCCCAAAGGUCCCAUCGCAGGACGGUUCCAUCCGUCGUCCCAGUGUCGUCAAGUGCGUGAUCGCAGGAAGUGCAGUGAGAGUGAUUGUGAUAACCGUGGCUGUUGCCAGGUCAAGUGUCCCGAUCUUGAUCUGCCACGGACAGUUGAUUACGAUCAAGGCGAUUGUGACCGAUCGAUAGUUGUGGAAAACAGACUCGUUAAAGGCACAGUGAACCUUGUUCUCCCCGCACAAUGACCGAGAACUCGAGAAUCGUCAAAGAUAGUGUAACGCCCGUGAUCGUGAAAGGAGUAGUAGCGGCCACGAAUGGGCAUCACGCGCAGCUGAACGGUGGUCACGCCGCCCUCGGGAAGGAUGGCAAGAAGGUGAUCGUACCGUUGCUGGAGGCCGAUGCUCACGCAGUGCACGAACCGCCAGACGGUGGCACUCGGGCCUGGCUGGUGAUGAUCGGUGCAUUCCUCUGCAACGGUGUCCUGUUCGGUGUGAUCAACACGUACAGCGUAGUGUACCUGAGCCUUCAGAAGCAGCUACAGGCGGUCGGAGACAAUGAAGCAUCCAGCAAAGCAGCACUCGUCGGUUCGUUGACGAUCGGCACGACCUUUCUGCUAUCCCCCGUAUCCGGUAUCCUGACGGACAAGAUUGGGCUGCGGCGAACAACCUUCAUUGGUGGGCUGCUAACAUGCAGCGGCAUGUUCCUGUCGUCCUUCUUCACGGAUAACGUUACCGCACUGUAUUUCACGUACGGUAUCAUGUUUGGGUUGGGAGCGGCACUGGCUUAUACUCCGUCCCUCGCUAUUCUCGGUCACUAUUUCAAGCGCUACCUAGGGCUGGUGAAUGGCAUUGUAACGGCAGGCUCGAGCGUGUUCACCGCCAUCAUGCCCAUCUGUCUCGACUAUCUGGUCGAACAUACCGGGCUGAAAACGUCCUUCCGCAUACUGGCCGUCAUCUCGAGCUUUGUGAUAUUCUGUGCAAUGCUGUACAAACCACUACAACCUCCGCCACCACCGCCGAAGGUAAAACCGGGCCGCUCGGCCGUCAACACGUUCCUCCGUUCAUUCAUCAACUUUGACAACUGGAAGAAGAAGCGAUACAUCAUCUGGGCGGUUUCGAUCCCCAUCGCACUGUUCGGGUACUUUGUGCCGUACGUUCAUAUGGGAAAGUUUGUGCAGGACAAUUUCCCGGGGAAGGGCGAAAAUCUGCCUGUAAUGUGCAUUGGCAUCACGUCCGGAUUAGGACGACUGCUGUUCGGAUUCAUUGCUGAUAUGCCACGCGUAAACAGAGUGCUGCUGCAGCAAAUGUCGUUCGUGCUGAUCGGUACGCUGACGAUGUGUUUACCGGCGACCGGUUCGUUCCCGCUGCUGCUGGCCAUUGCCCUGGCGAUGGGUCUGUUCGAUGGGUGCUUCAUCUCACUGCUAGGACCGAUCGCGUACGAUAUCUGUGGACCGCGCGGCGCAACGCAAGCGAUCGGAUUUCUGCUCGGGAUGUGCUCACUGCCCCUGACGCUUGGACCGCCAGUUGCGGGCAUGCUGUAUGAUCAGACCGGUUCGUACAAACUGCCCUUCAUUCUGGCCGGUAUUCCACCGCUGUUCGGUGCUAGCACCAUGUUCCUUAUACGCUGCGUCAAGGAUGAGGCCUCGAAGCAGCAAACGAUGACGACGGAACCGAAGCUGGAACCGUUGGCACACACUGCCUGGGACUGCGAAAACCCAACGGAUGGUAAACCGAUAAAUGGACAGCUACAUCACGAGCGCCGGGCAACGUUGGCCAGUUCAGAAUCACUCACAGCGGAAAAAAAUGAAACGGGUUAGGCUGGGUGUGUGUAUGUGUGUGUGUGUGUGUGUGUGUGUGUGUGUGUGUGUGUGUGUGUGUGUGUGUGUGUGUUUGCGCUGAUUGCGAUCAGGCCACCAGCCUCAGGCUCGUUCCAGAUAGUUCGCUGGUGGAGGGGCACGCAGGGCUUAACUAGCUCGCAAACCAUGGUUUUGCAGGAUGUUUUGUAAAGAAGCAAUUCUAGGUCGCGCGCAAUACCACGUAUGAUCGAAAGACGGGUUUGUUACUUCACACCAUAUGUAGGAAGUGCCAGAGUGGAUUAAAAAACAUCGCGCAUUGUUCAAUUUUGUGUAGAUAGUUAGAUACAGUGACUAGAUACAGAAAUAUCACCAAAAUAAAAAAGAAAAUGUUAACCUGCGCACGCCCUUACAUGCAGCCAAAAUGUGUGGAUCGGUCACGGCAUAGCCGGAUGAUGUUCGCAUGCAGCAUUUCGUGAAUAAUAUACACGGUCCAGGUACAGAUAUAGAAAAA